AUGGAUUUCUAUGGCCGGAAUGAGACGUGGUUGUCGUCGGAGUGCGUCGGAGCGCAGCCUGACGCGCUCCUGAACGGAACCAGCAACGGGAGCCUGGAGACCGCGAGCAUCGCCUGCAACAACUCGUCCACAUUCCUCACACACCAGCGUGCGAGGCAGAGAGAUGAGGACCACACGCUGCGGAUCUUGCUCUACUCGCUCAUUUUCUUCCUGAGCGUGUUCGGAAACAUGUUGAUCAUCGUGGUUCUUACGGUCAACAAGCGCAUGCGCACUGUGACCAACACCUUCCUGCUCUCGCUCGCCGUCAGCGACCUGAUGAUGGCCAUCUUCUGCAUGCCCUUCACACUGAUCCCCAGCAUCCUCAAGGACUUCAUCUUUGGAGCUGCGAUGUGCAAGAUCGUGUCCUACCUCAUGGGUAUAUCAGUCAGCAUCUCUACAUUUAGCCUGGUUGCCAUAGCGAUUGAGCGCUACAGUGCCAUCUGUAACCCUUUGAAGUCCAGGGUGUGGCAGACCCGCUCCCACGCCUAUCGGGUGAUUGCCGCCACUUGGGUGCUGGCCUUCAUCAUCAUGAUCCCCUACCCAAUCAUCAGCCACCUGGAGUCUUUUCAGCGGAACGACAACACCACGGCGCAUCAGUGUCGCCACAAGUGGCCCAUCGCCACGGCGGAGCAGACAUGGUAUAUUCUGCUUUUGCUGGUACUGUUCGCCAUCCCAGGCGUGGUCAUGAUUGUGGCCUAUGGACUGAUCUCCAGGGAACUUUAUAGAGGCAUCCAGUUUGAGAUGGGCAACAAAAAAGACUCAACUGAUGUGAAGAAUGGCCUGACCUCCACUGCGUGCACCGGGAGCGAUGAUGGAGAUGGCUGUUACGUUAACGUGGUCCAGCGGCCGCACUCCAUGGAGAUGUCCUCCAUGGCGUCGUCGGGCAAGGCGAGCAAGGCGGAGCGACCUCGCAGCAACACGUCAGAGGCCAAGCUGAAGGCAAAGAAGCGGGUCAUUCGUAUGCUGGUGGUCAUUGUUGUUCUGUUCUUCAUCUGCUGGAUGCCGCUGUACUGUGCCAACACGUGGCGGGCGUUCGAUGACCUCUCUGCCAAGCACGCCCUCUCGGGGGCGCCCAUCGCUUUUAUUCAUUUGCUGUGCUACACUUCCGCUUGCGUCAACCCGAUUAUUUACUGCUUCAUGAACACGCGCUUCCGCAAAGGUCUGCUUGCCACCUUCUCGUGCUGCGCUGCUCCGUUCCGCCGCCGCCGUCGUCGUGGGCUACGGGACAAUGAGGAGGAUGUCAUGGCAACAGGGGCGUCCAUGUCCAAGUUCAGUUAUACCACGGUGAGCACGAUGGGAACCUGCUGAGGGAAGCUGACGCAACAGCCGCGCAGCACGCUAUACUCUUCAUUUGUAGGCCAGCACUAAGCUCAUAGGGACAGUAAUGUGAAUUCUACAAGCAGGCAAUGUAAUGUAGCACUAUAGAAGCUU